AUGGGCGCCCGUGCUAGCAAAUCAUCAUCAUCCGGUAAGCGAAAGCCAGAUGAUGAUGAUUUGGAGACCAAACCGGUUCUCAAGAAACAAAAGGAAAAUUCCGACGAGAAGGAGGAGACAUUAACGGAAGGACUUGCUGAUCCUAGUCUCCCGCACAAGUUUGAUGAUCAGGAGGCUAAUUUAAUCUCACUGAAGGAGACAGUGGAAGGACUUGAUGAAACUCUCGAUUUUGUUGAGGAACCUGCCGUAAUGAAAAACACGCUCUUUAUUGCUCGUCUCCCUUUCCGAGCUAAUAUACAAGAUAUCAUCGAUUUCUUCAAAGAUGUUGGACAAGUCGUUCAUGUUCAACUUGCUAUGAAAGAAGAUGGUCGGCAUGCUGGCUAUGGCUUUCUUGAGUUUGCUUCUGAUAAUGAAACAAAAAAGGCGCUGGAAAAGAAGAACGGUGAACUUUUGUUCAAUCGCAAGAUAACUCUUCAUGUCGCUAAGAUAUACCCUCUUCCAAAGUACAACCCUGUAGAGAAGCUUUGGUAUGAAGACAACCUUCUACGAGAUCCUAAUCUGAAGCAACAGGAGGAAAAAUCCGACGUGAUCAGAUUCUGUGGUAAGAAGACUACCUUCUCUGACGACGACAACUGA